AUGUCGCCAGGACGACAUCGUGCAACUGUGUCGCUGGGCGUUGUGCUCAUGCCGUCUUCCAGCAUCCAGUCGUUGACAGGGCUGUUGGCAUGCCUUCGCCAGUCUCGAUGUAGUUCAUGCCCCCCCUCCACGCCCCGUGGUUCUGUACCAGCAUUCCGCAAUCCCACCGCAUGUGGCCGAGCCGUGUCAAUUCGAAUGUGCAGCCAUUGUUGCUCCCGAGUGAACUCGAGUUUGUGUCCCUUCGAGAUGGGUCAUUGCUGCAGAUCUGGAUUUAUCGAAAGUCUUAGUUCUGGUUGUGUUCUCAUCCAGACCUUCGAAACUGUUUUCUCCUACAAGCCACUUCAGGCAGAGACCAUUUGCGUGUAA